AUGUGGCCCUUACAAGAUGUAAAGCGCAUCGUUCACAAUUCACGAUUGAAAACGGUUUUGGUGAAUACACAGCGCGAACUCACGAGGCUUAUCGCGAUAAGUCCCGUUAUAAACCAUAAAAUCUGCCUGGCAAAAUCACAGUCACCCACUUUCUUGCAGUCUGCUGCAUAUGAAGAACAGACAUGCUCUAGGACACCAAAUGAGUCAACUCUUUUAUGUUUAAAUUUACAGGUACAACAUGCCAGCAAGCAGAUCAGUGCAGACAAACAGUACAAAGGUAUUAUCGACUGUAUUGUGAGGAUUCCCAAGGAGCAAGGUUUUGUCUCCUUUUGGCGUGGCAACCUAGCCAACGUCAUUCGUUACUUCCCCACACAAGCUCUCAACUUUGCCUUCAAAGACAAGUACAAACAGAUUUUCCUGGGUGGCACAGAUAAGCACACACAGUUCUGGCGAUACUUUGCUGGUAACUUGGCCUCUGGUGGUGCUGCUGGAGCCACUUCCCUUUGUUUCGUCUACCCCCUCGAUUUCGCUCGUACCCGACUAGCUGCAGAUGUUGGGAAAGCUGGCAGCAGCAGGGAGUUCACCGGGCUGGCCGACUGCCUGGUCAAAAUCUUUAGGUCAGACGGGCUGCGAGGCCUGUACCAGGGCUUCAACGUCUCUGUCCAGGGCAUCAUUAUCUACAGGGCAGCCUACUUUGGAAUCUAUGACACUGCCAAAGGUAUGCUUCCAGACUCUAAGAACACCCACAUUGUGGUCAGCUGGAUGAUUGCACAAACUGUGACUGCAGUGGCUGGUGUGGUCUCCUAUCCCUUUGACACUGUACGGCGUCGCAUGAUGAUGCAGUCUGGGCGCAAAGGAGCUGAUAUUAUGUACAUGGGAACCAUUGACUGCUGGAGGAAGAUUGCUCGUGAUGAGGGUGGCAAAGCAUUCUUUAAAGGGGCUCUGUCCAAUGUAUUUAGAGGAAUGGGGGGUGCUUUUGUGCUUGUGCUAUAUGAUGAAUUCAAGAAGCUUGUUUAAACAAUAUUAUAUGCUAAGAAAUAGAAUAGUUCUUACCACAAAAUGUUGUCAAGCUUUCUACCAAACCCUGUCCACUCAAAGAUAAAUGGUUUUAG